AUGCCAAACAAACAAGAUGUCGCUUCCUUGCAAAACCAGGAAAACAUUCUCCCCAAAACUCGACUUCUCAUUGUCAUCAGCUGUAUCUCCCUUGUCCUAUUCACGGCUUUUAUCGAUCAAAAUGGAGUUUCAGUAGCACUACCCAUCAUUGCAUCAGACCUCAACGCUGAAGACACCAUACCAUGGGCCGGAACAUCGUCACUGAUCGCGAAUACAGUCUUCUCAGUGCUUUACGGACGCCUGUCAGACAUCUUUGGGCGCAAGUCCGUACUUCUAACAGCAUGCGUCAUAUUAGCAGUGGCAGAUCUGCUAUGCGGGUUUGCCCAGAAUGCGCCUAUGCUCUACUUUUUCCGUGCAAUGGCAGGUUUGGCGGGUGGUGGUAUCACCAAUUUGGCAAUGAUAUUUGUGUCUGAUGUCGUGACUCUCGAGGAAAGAGGCAAAUAUCAAGGUAUCAUUGGCGCAUGUCUUGGGGUAGCCAAUAUUGUAGGCCCCUUCAUAGCUGCCGGCUUUAUUCAGGCACCAGUUGGAUGGAGAGGCUUCUUCUGGACGCUUACGCCAAUUGUAGCUUGUGGUGGUGCUGUAUGCUGGUUCGUUCUACCGAAAUCCAAAGUGACUGGCGGUCUUCGAGAAAAGAUACGCAAGAUUGAUGUCUGGGGUUGUCUGACAUCGUCCGCUGGAAUCGUAUUGUUGUUAAUUCCAAUAUCUGGAGGAGGGUUGUACUUUCAAUGGGAUUCCGCAAUGGUCAUUUCCAUGUUGGUGUUUGGAAGUUGUGCUCUAGUUGCGUUUGUCAUUAUCGAGUGGAAGGUGGCCAGGAUUCCAAUGAUGCCAAUGAGUAUCUUCAGAAACCAAUCUGUUGUGGCUCUCCUCGUUCAAAGCUUCUUGCUCGGCUGGGUAUACCAGAGCUAUCUUUACUACCUUCCACAAUACUACCAAAAUAUACGCGGGUACAGCGUAAUUGUCAGCGCGGCGUUGAGUAUCCCUCUGGUAUUCAUGCAAUCAGUUGGAUCUGUGGUGUCCGGUGUAUAUAUCUCUCGCCGCCACCAUUACGGAGUGAUUCUUUGGAGCGGCUUUACAAGCUGGACAAUUGGAUGCGGUUUGAGUAUACUCUUCGAUCAAGACACCAAUCCGGGAGUGUGCGUUGUGGCACUUCUUCUCAUCGGAAUCGGUGUCGGAUUCGUCUUUCAGCCCACCCUAGUUGCAUUGCAGGCUCACUCACCCAAGUCUCAAAGAGCAGUUAUAAUCUCGAGUCGAAACUUCUUCCGCUGCGCUGGUGGUGCAUGUGGUCUCGCGAUCUCGGCCACUAUCCUGCAAAGUGGGUUGAGAAGCCAUCUUCCAGCACACUUAAAAUAUGUUGCAUCGUCGAUAUAUAACUUGCCAACCUUUGAUGACCCUGAAAUCACAGCAGUCGUCUUAUCAGCAUACAUGAAGACCACAAAGAAUCUGUACAUAACCAACACCGUUGUGAUUGGCGUGUGUCUAUGUGCCUGUGUAUUAGUCAAAGACCGAGGACUGAAAAUGGAAGACGAUCCUGUGAAAAAGGAGUCAUCAGCGCCGGGAUCCACGACUGUCACUGAAUCAGGAUCUGAUAUCAUGCCAGUGACAGAUCAGAUUACAAUUGAGGUUGCAAAGAUGGAGCGUGGAGAUAUUGAAAAGGGUGGUGCAAUUUCAGAGUCGGCACAAGACGACAAUCAUCAUCAUCAUCAUCAUCAUCAUCAUCAUCAUCAUCAUCAUCAUCAUCAUCAUCGUUGA